AUGGAAGAGACACGUUGCGGUCAGCCAGAAACCAAGUCCGCCGCCUCCCGCCGGGUCAUCGUACAGAGACCGAACGCCGGUACUGAAGCGGAGAUCGGUGCGGCUUCGAGUUCCACGGCGUACCGGAUUUAUCGCGGUGGGCGGGAUCUGCUGUGUGCGGAGCAGCGGAAGAAUAGUGAGGGCGCGGUGGCGGAGGGGAGGGAGAGGCUGAAGAGGCACCGGGAGGAAGUCGCCGGGAAGGUGGCGGUGCCGGAGGACUGGGGGCAGGAGAAGCUUUUGAAGGAGUGGAUGGACUACGCGCCGUUCGACAAGCUGUUGGCUCCCGCGGGGCUGGCGUCGGCCAGGGCGGCGCUGGCUGCCGAGGGACGGCGAGCCGCCGGCGGCGGGGGGCAGAGGAUGCGGAUCGAGAGUAGGUGCUAUUGA